AAACCAAAUGCAGAGGAACCAGUGAAAGACCAACUGAACGCUGUGGCGGUUCGCGGUGUAUUUUCUCGUAUUUAUGUACAUUCAGCGGGAUCCUAUCCUGUCAAUUUUGAUAUUUAAAGCCCUCUGUCAUAGUAGUGUUUAAUAAGCGGUCGUGAAUGUUGGUAAAUAACGGACAGUAACUGUUAGAUGUUGACAGUUGCGGACUUCACAUCUAGACAUGGUGCUUUGACAGAAGUGAUGCUUCAUCGCCAGUAUGGAGUCUUUGAUAUUUUAUUUAGUGCUAUUAGCUCCACUUUCUAUCCAUUGUGCGGUGAAACCAGCAUCUGUUGAAGAGGACCUGAGAAAUCAGGAAGACGUACAAGAGUUUGAUGCGCUCAGCUCCAGACUGUCAGACUUUGAUGUUGUGCCUGCAUCAGAUCUCCAGCUUCAUUCGGUCGGGAAGAGGGACGUUGAUGCCCGAUCACAUGUGGAGCGGCUGGUCAGCUUCACAGCACUCCAGAGGCACUUCAAGCUGUACUUGACAACCAACACAGAACUUUUCUCUGACAACUUCAAGGCUGUGUUCUUAGACAUGAAUGGAAAAGAGAACCAAUAUGACAUUCAGUUACAGAAUUACUAUAAAGGACACGUAGUGGGAGAGGAGCACUCGCGUGUGCAGGCACACAUAGAUGGGGAAGAGUUUUCAGCCCACAUUCUUACUGAAGAGGCUGAAUAUAAUGUAGAGCCCUUGUGGCGGUUUACAGAGUCACCCUCUGAUGGCCGUUUGCUGGUGUACCGUUCAGAGGACAUUAAAAACAUCAGUCGACUGUACUCACCUAAAGUGUGUGGAUAUGUGAACGCUGAUGCCCAGGGGCUCCUGCCGGCGAGAGCAGUGGGACAGACAGAACAGGAGCAGGAGCCUCACAACAUAGAGAGAAGAUCUGCACAUGACCACAAGAAGAACACCUGCCCGCUGCUUUUAGUGGCAGAUCAUCGCUUCUACAAGCACAUGGGCCGUGGAGAGGAGAGCACCACCCUCAACUACUUGAUUGAGCUGAUCGACAGAGUGGAUGAUAUAUACAGAAACACAUCCUGGGAUGGUGAUUUUAAAGGCUACGGUGUGCAGAUUCAGCAGAUAAUCAUAAACAAGGAGCCCACAAAAGUUGCCCCUGAAGAGAUUCACUACAACAUGGACGGCAGCCCAUUAGGAAGAAAGGAUGGUGUGUGGGAUGUGAAGAAGCUCUUGGAACAAUUCAGUUACGACAUCGCAGACAACGCCUCUGCUGUUUGCCUUGCCCAUCUCUUCACCUAUCAGGACUUUGAUGAUGGCACUCUGGGUCUGGCAUACGUGGCCCCUUCCAAACAGGGACUGGGAGGACUCUGCCCUAAGCCCUACUAUCCAUCACAAACCGUCAGGAAACCCAGCUACCUAAACACAGGCUUGACAAGCACCAUGAAUUAUGGGAAAACUAUUCUGACUAAGGAAGCAGAUCUUGUAACAACUCAUGAGCUCGGGCACAACUUUGGAGCAGAACACGAUCCAGACAAUAUAGUUCCCUGUGCGCCCAGUGAUGACCAGGGCGGCAAAUAUGUUAUGUACCCUAUUGCGGUCAGCGGAGAUCACGUGAACAACAAGCGCUUCUCCAACUGUAGCAAGUUCUCUGUCAGUAGGACGUUAAAGGUCAAGGCCCAUCAGUGCUUCAAGGAGAGGAGCAGUAAGCUGUGCGGGAACUCCCGUGUGGAGGAGGAUGAAGACUGUGACCCUGGACUCCUUCAUCUCAAUGAUGACCCCUGCUGCACAGCUAAGUGCAAAUUCAGGAAGCAGGCAAAAUGCAGUGACAGGAACAGCCCCUGCUGCAAGGACUGUAGGUUUGAAAGUGCAAAUAAGACCUGUCAGGAGAUCAUCACCGCCACCUGCAAGGGCAUGUCAAAGUGCACAGGCAACAGCAGUGAGUGCCCCACCCCUGGAAACCUGGUGGAUAAUACAGAGUGUGUGGAUAAGGGUCGAUGUCAGAAGGGCGAGUGCAAGCCUUUCUGCGAGGCUAUGCAUAAUCUUGAGUCCUGUGCCUGCAAUGAGACUGAGGACUCUUGUAAAGUGUGCUGUAGAAGCAGUAGCGGGCUGUGCACUCCCUUUAUCAGUGCUGAGUCAUAUCUUUACCUGCGCAAGGGCAAACCCUGUACCGUUGGCUUCUGUGACGGGGCCGGUAAAUGCAUGAAGCACGUCCAAGAUGUCAUCGAACGGUUAUGGGACUUCAUAGACAAACUGGACAUCAACACAUUUGGGAAGUUCUUGGCUGACAACAUAGUUGGAUCAGUGGUGGUCUUCUCUCUCCUGUUCUGGAUUCCCCUAAGCAUACUGGUGCACUGUGUGGACAAGAAACUGGAUCAGCAAUAUGAGGAAAACUCCAAAACCAUGACGUACCCUAGUCAGAUGGUGGUGGAGGUGUGUAGUAGAGCUCUCAACUCAGAGCGCAGAGAUGCUAAGCAGUCUGGAAUCGGCGCCCAUCCACAUUGUGAAGGCCCAUCAUCUGCAUUCAGCGGCAGCGCGACCUCAGCCCUUACUGGGCCCCACAGGCCCCGCCGACUCACCGGCACAGGAGAGGCUCUCCGGCCCAGGCCCUGCCAACCUCUCCGCCGCACUCAAAGCGGAUCCGCUGCGAAUGGCCACAAUCGAGGAGGACCCCAGCAGAGACUCUCACCUGGACGAGGUGGAAGGCUUCCGUCAAAGCGGCACAGCUGCCAGGUCCUUCGAGGACCUCACCGGACAGUCAACGCCAUCCCGCGGGGACAAGAGACGGCUGACGAGACAGGCGCGCAUUGACAGUAAGGAAAUGGUGUGCUGAGGACACUGGCAUAAGAUCACUUGAUUGAGACAUGAGCUGUGAAGAUCAGGGUGCAAUCGGGGUUCAUUUUGUUGGUGCAUUUAAAAGUCUAUGUGAUGUGUAAACUGCUGACACAUUUCAGUUGGUUCUUAGAAAUUGUGUAGCAUUCCUGUAAUGCACAAUUAUAGUUGUUAAUAAAAAUAGAGUGUUACUUUAAACGCAUGUCAGAAACUGCCAAGAGAAAUGACUGUGCAUUUGGUAAAUUCAGAAGUUAAAGGAAUAAAUUCAAAACCGCUUUGGACAGCAUCAUUGGCUCUGAAACUCAGCAGUUUUCAGAAGCCAGCAAAAAGACAUGUUGACAGAUAUUAAAACAAAAGGCUACGAGUUUAAAGAGAUAGUUUAUACAAAAAUGAAAAUUAUAUUAUCUUUUGCUCACAUGUAUGACUGACUUUCUUCUGUGGAACCACAGAUGGGUGAAAGUCAUUGGGGUCCUAUAUUCUUUUGGACCCCAUUGACUUUUAUUGUAUGGACAAAAACAGUAGAAAUGUGGUUCAUAAAAUCUUCUUUUUGUGUUCCACAUGAGAAAGUAAGUAAUACAGGUUUGAAAAACACAAGGUUGAGGAAAUGAUGACACAAGUUUCAUUUUAGGGUGAACCACUCCAUCAAUCAUUGUACAUUUGUCCUAUAUACGUCUGUUGUAAUUGUUUAGGCAAUUUUAGUUUUUAUAAACCGAAGUACAAAUCAAAAUCAUUUUUGUGGUAACUGACAAUCACCGGUGCUGUCCAUAGAGCUUAAAGGGACAGCUCACCUAAAUAUGAAAAUGAUGCUAUUGUUUACUCGCCCUCAUGUCCUUCCAAACCCAAAAAUCACAAAUGAAGAGAUGAGAGAUUUCUGUCCUUCAUUUAAAAUCCAUUCCUCCAAAUCUUUCACACUUCAAAAUGUUCAUAAAGACAUUGAUGACAGAAUUUUGUUUUUGGUAAACUAUUCCUUUAACCUGGAAUAUUCCUUUAAUACAGUCAGUUUGUGCCUUGUAACAUACAUCCAGUAGUGCAAAUUCUUGUAUUCUCAUUCAUGUAUACCUCAUGAGCAGCAGGACUACAGCACGACUCUAUACGUGUCGUCACACUUUUAAUGUUACACUGGUCGACUUGCUGAGAAGAUUCAAGUUAUGCAUGUCCUAUGCCAUAUGUUUAUGAAUUAAGUGUCAUAUGUGUAUGGAGACUGUAAGAGGAGAUGCGAUUUAUGAGUUUUAUUUGACAUGUUCUUAAGGCCUAAAGAUAGAAAUUGCACAGGAUGUUAAAAAUUUUACAUUUUUUGCAUUUUAAGGUUUGCUCAGUUUAAUUUGUACUACUAUAUUCUCUAUUGCAUCUCAUGUCAUUUUAAUAUACCAGUAUAUGUGAAACACUGAUUACAGAGCUGAGGGAUGUGCAUAUUUUCAUAGAUUUUCUCUUUUUGCCACUAAAACGGUUGUAUAGACGUGACCAAAAUCAAUCGAUAUUUUAGAAGGACUAGUGACUAGUAUUCCCCCACUGUGAAAUAUCUGACUAAAACUAUUAGUCAAAUUUUAAGAUAUUGUAAAGUUUUAAUGUGCCAUAAUAAGUCAGAUGACUAAAUAUAUAUUUAGUAUUGUUUCUUAUAUACCUGAAUAUCAAAUCAGAAGUAAUAAAACAUCUCAUUUGGAUGUAGAAAGCUGUAUCUGAUGUCAUUCUGCUAUCAUUCAAUGUGUGUGUUUUUGAUUCUUGGUUACGUCACAUUUAUUUAACAUGUAUUAUUGGGGUUUGAAGCCACAUGAAUAAACUGCCUCUACACUGAAGUGUUUCUGAUUAUUUUAUGAACCUGAAAGAAAAGUACAUUUGAUAUUGCCAGAA